UACGAAACUAAACAGAUACUUGUAGUUUCCUUGUGAAUCCAAACUUUCUCCAAUUGAUUCCGUGUAGCAGAAAAAACCCUUUUUAUUUUUCCAUUUAAAUAGUGAGAACUUGUUCAAAGUCAUUAUUUCUUGUUUUCUCAAAGGCGCACCCUUUUUCUUUUGUAAAAACACUGUUUGCAAGAUCCGGUCUUAGUGAGAGAGUUGGGAUUGAGCUUUCACUAAUACUAAUAGAAGAAUUUUUAGUAAAGGGAGGAAAGAGCUUGCAGCCUACUUGUGGGGCACUGUGUACUUACAGCCUCUACGAUAAGCAAGUGAAUGUGGCCGGUGCGUGGCGAACGGUUCAUCAAGCCAUUUUUCGCCUCAACUCCCUAAAUAGGAACAGCCAAAUUGAUCACAACUCCUCUUCAAUUCUUCGAUUUUCUUCUGUUUUGGUAAAGAUCAAAGUUCGAGUCUUGUCAUGGCCAAGAGUUCUUUCAAGCUUGAACACCCCAUGGAGAGGAGGCAGGCAGAGUCUUCUCGCAUCCGAGAGAAGUAUCCUGAUCGAAUUCCGGUGAUUGUUGAGAAGGCAGAGAGGAGUGAUGUCCCUGACAUUGAUAAGAAGAAAUACCUCGUCCCAGCUGAUUUGACUGUCGGCCAGUUUGUUUAUGUGGUUCGGAAGAGGAUCAAGCUCAGUGCUGAGAAGGCCAUAUUUGUGUUUGUCAACAACACUUUGCCUCCCACGGCUGCUCUGUUGUCUGCAAUAUAUGAGGAAAAUAAGGAUGAAGAUGGAUUUCUCUACAUGACAUACAGCGGAGAAAAUACAUUUGGGUUCCUUGAGCUUGGAAAUUAAUAUCGCAAAGUUACUAUCUCCAUUGUAAAUCUGCUAUUUCUUUGAUCUCAUCUUGGGUUGCUGACUGUUGUCGUUCAUUUUCAUUAAUCUAUACAUCCAAUUUGACUGAAGAGCUUAUGGUCCUCUUCUGGUUAACCUUACCAUGUACAGAUGACUCUUGCUCUCUUAUCCAAUAGCCCCUUUUUUCUUAUAAA